AUGGCCGCUCCCGCAGUCUCUACCAACCAGCCUCAACCCGAGGAGCCUAUCUCUAUCCCCGAACAUCUGGAUGGAGUUGCAUACCUUUACGGCCACCCGCUUCUGAACUCUCUAUCACCUCCUUUGCACCAGACCGUCUACAAUGCAUUGGGCCUCAACUGGACACAGAUCCCUCUGUCCAGUGUAACUGGCACAUCAGCCACCUACCCACCCCCCUACACUCUCUCGCCCUCAAUCGAAAAAUACAUGGCCUCCAUCCGCUCCAACCCCAAGUUCGUUGGUUCCUCCGUCACAAUGCCUCACAAGGUCGCUAUCAUGCCUCACCUCGAUGAUCUUACCGAGCACGCCCGGCAGGCCGGUGCCUGCAACACCAUCUUCCUCCGCGACGACCCCGCCACUGGCAAGAAGCAGUACGUCGGUACCAACACCGACUGCGACGGUAUCCGCGAGGCUCUCACCCAGAAUGCGCCUAACCCCGAGCGCUUCCGCGGCCGGCCCGCCCUCAUCAUCGGUGGUGGUGGCACUGCCCGUACCGCUAUCUAUGUUAUGCGCCGCUGGCUCGGCUCCAGCCGUAUUUACAUUGUCAACCGUGACGCGGCCGAGGUUGCUACCAUUCUGGAAGAGGACCGUCAACGCAACCCCGACUCCAGCGCUAUUGCGCCUCUGAUUCAUGUCACCGACCCCGCACAGGUUGCGGCUCUCGAGUCCCCCGCUGCUAUUGUCUCGGGUAUCCCCAACUACCCUCCCAAGACACCUGAGGAGCUGAAUGCCCGUGCUGUUAUUCAGGCUUUCCUCGGCACUGCCGCUGAUGCCUCUAAGCAGGAGGGUGUCAUUCUUGAGAUGUGCUACCACCCUGUUCCUUGGACUGAGAUCGCCCAGCUCGCUUCUACCGGUGGCUGGAAGGUGAUUAUUGGUUCCGAGGCUCUGAUCUGGCAAGGUCUGGAGCAGGCACGUCUCUGGACUGGCCAUGAUAUCGUCGGUACCCCUGGUCUCGUGCAGCAGAUUAAGGAUCUUGUUGCUAAGACCUUGGCUGAGCGUGCUGCCAACAAGUCCAGCUUAUGA